AAUAGUUGCUUCCACAGACAUUCACCGACGAUUACCCCGCCGCGCCGUUGCUUUCAGUGUUGUUAUUUUCGAACAGAAACUGAAAAUUUCCGACGAUAUCACGGAGCAGGUUGCGGCUAGGAAUGGACGGCAACGGCGAGGAGUUGACGGCGCAGGAGACCGCUCUCUAUGACCGUCAGAUUAGGGUUUGGGGAGCAGACGCUCAAAGAAGAUUAAGCAAAUCUCAUGUUUUGGUCUAUGGAAUCAAAGGAACUAUAGCUGAGUUUUGCAAAAAUAUUGUGCUGGCUGGAGUGGGUAGUCUCACCUUAAUAGAUGAUAGGGUUGCUAGUGAAGAAUCAUUCUCCUCAAACUUUCUCAUUCCUUUGGAUGAGAAUGUGUAUAGUGGAAAGACCCUUGCUGAGCUUUGUUGUGAUUCACUUAGAGACUUCAAUCCUAUGGUUCGUGUUUCCGUGGGAAAAGGUGAUUUGUCAAGUUUCGAUGAAGAAUUCUUCAGCGAGUUUGAUGUUGUUGUCGUCAGUUGUUCCUCACUAUCUGCCAAAAAAUUGGCUAAUGAGAAAUGCCGGAAGCUAUCAAAGCGUGUAGCCUUCUAUACUGUAGACUGUAGGGAUUCUUGUGGUGAAAUUUUUGUUGAUCUGCAGGACUAUAGUUAUUCCAAGAAAAAACAAGAGGAAACUAUUGAAUGCCACCUAAAAUAUCCAUCUUUUGAGGAAGCAUUAUUGGUACCUUGGAGGGAACUUCACAGGAGAACGUCUAAGUUGUACUUUGCAACGAGAGUAAUAGAAAAGUUUGAAGAGGCUGAGGGGCGUAGUUCUGGAGAAGUUUCAACUGCAGAUCUUUCUGGUGUUCUCAAACUGAAAAAGGAGCUUUGUACUGCACAAUCUCUCAAUGAAUCUCAUGUGCCUGAUACUCUUCUCGAGAGAUUGGUGGCGAAUACAAAUGAAUUUCCUCCAGUUUGUGCUAUUAUUGGGGGAAUCCUUGGACAGGAGGUUAUCAAAGCUAUUUCUGGGAAAGGAGACACCCUAAAAAACUUUUUCUUUUUUGAUGCCUUUGAUGGGAAAGGCAUUGUAGAAGACAUUUCUAAUUUAAAUCCUCUGAAGUAAAUGACAAAUCCUGGUAAGUGUUUUUUGUCAGAGGCACCGGGAAUCUAAACUCUAAAGUGUGGAAAAUUAAACACUAGAUAGCUAGUUAUAUUUUGUAAGUAGAGGUUCAAACUGAAAUUGUACUUAGAAUUGUUAUUUAUUCACCACAAUCAACCAAUCUUUCUAAGA